AUGUCUCUUCCCAGCCGGACGCCCUGCCCUUCUGAGUAUGGAGAACAGCAGAGACACCGCUUGGACCUUCACCACAAUGGAGGCCCCUCACAUCUGCCAAGAAUGAGCACGGCUUUGGUGGCCCAGGAGCUGGUGGAUGACCAGGCGGGGAAAGUCUUCGAGGCUGGCAUUGGUUUGCAGAGGGACCAGGAUGACAUUCUUUUGUGUGAAGGUAUGCAGCAAGGAGAGGAGGGUCUGUCAGCUGAAGAGAUAACAUUUUUGGAAGAGUUCCCCAUCGUGAAGGAGGAGCUAGAAGCAGGCAUCAGAAAGCUCCACGCCCUUGCAGACCACAUCGACACAACCCACAGAACACUCACCAAAACCAACAUGGCGGCCAACUCCAUGGCGGUGGUCUCAGGAGCCAUGAGCAUCCUGGCUCUAGUCCUUGCUCCAGCAACAGCAGGAGGAAGUCUGAUGUUCUCCGCUGCUGGUAAAGGUCUGGGGACAGCAGCUGGGGUCACCAGCAUCUUGAUCAACAUUUUGGGACACUUUCGAAAUCAAGAAGCCCGAGCUCAGGCCAGCAGCCUAGUGCCCACCAGUGGCCACGAGGUCGGGGAGCCCGGGGGGCAGAAGGCGUCUUACCUCAUGGCUGUUGGAAAGAUGGCUUAUGAUUAUGGAAGUGCCAUCAAGGAUAUUAAGAAGGACAUCCACGCUCUUCAGAUAGCUAGAGCCCACCCGCGUCUGGCCACUGCUGCUAAGCGUCUCCUGACCACUGGCCGAGUCUCGGCCCGAAGGAGCAGGCAGGUGCAAAGGGCCUUUAAAGGCACGACGCUGCUGAUGACGACAAACAUUCGCUUGCUGGGGAGUGCGAUGGCGGGCUUAUCCCUCGGCCAGGACUUGACCGCCCUCCUGAAGGACUGGAAGCGACUGAAGGAAGGAGCAAGGACGAAGUCUGCGGAAGAGCUGAGGGCCCAGACCUGGGAGCUGGAAAGGACGCUGACAGAACUCACCCAGCUCUAUGAGAGCCUGAAGCGGAGGAAACUCUUCCAAGAGGAAAGACCCAGGAGCUCAUCUUCGGGAGGAGGCACGGGGUCUCUGCCCCAGCCCCCAGCCAGGCGUGGGGAAGCAGGACCCCAGGGGACACAAGAGGACGAGGGCAGGCUGAGCCGCCGGGCCUCUGAGCAGAAUUAA